AUGGUUAUAUACGUAUUGUUAAUGUAACAUAAAUUGAAUAAAAAUGUCAAAUCAAAAAUGAAACAAAAAAAUUUAUACAUGAGGGGUUUUUUAUAUUAUGUCUGUGCUUUUCUCUGAUUGGUCAACAGGACGAUGUGUCCUGUGUGGCUUUUGGUGGCAGUAGUGGUAGUGGGCGGGGCCAGAGAAGUAGUCAGCCAGUGCUGGGAGCAUCCGAGCUGCCAGGAGCUCAGCUCUGAGAGCAACAUGAUGGAGUGCAUCCAGCUCUGUCACUCUGACCUCACCGCCGAGACCCCCGUCAUCCCCGGCAACGCCCACCUCCAGCUCGCUGUCCCAUCAGACGCCUCCUCACCUUCUUCUCAGGCCAAGCGCUCCUACUCAAUGGAGCACUUCCGCUGGGGGAAGCCCGUUGGCCGAAAACGCCGCCCCGUCAAAGUGUACACCUCCAACGGCGUGGCGGAGGAGUCUGCUGAAGUUUUCCCCGAAGAGAUGAGGAGACGAGAGCUCACCAAUGAGCUGCUGGCAGAGGAAGGAGAGAAGGCUCAGGAGAUGGUCGAGGAGGCGGAGGAGGCGCAGCAGCUCCUGAACGGGGUGCAGGAGAAGAAAGACGGCUCGUAUAAGAUGAAGCACUUCCGCUGGAGCAGCCCGCCAACCAGCAAACGCUACGGCGGCUUCAUGAAGAGCUGGGACGAGCGCAGCCAGAGGCCACUGCUGACGCUCUUCAAGAACGUCAUCAACAAAGAAGGACAGCAGCAGAAGUGAGGCCAGACGAGAAGAGGAUGAGGCAGCGGAGAGAGGAGUGACAGGAGGAGGAAACGUUUUCCAAGGCAAUCAGGCACCAAAGAGUUCCCAUUAACAGAGUGACCAAUAAAAAAGCUCUGAAACUGCCAUCUGUUACAUGAUCCUGAUUGAGUGAUGGAGAGGGGAAGAGUCUGAGAAAGAUCUUUUGAUAUGUAUUGAUAUAUGUAAAUAACUUUAAUUAUUAAAUGAAUUAUAAAAAGUUAUUUGCAAGCAAAACAAGAUACAUCUUUUCUCUGCACAAAUGCACGAAUCCAGAACACAUGCGCAUCUACACCAGACAACCUGCUACCUGUGAUCCACAUCCACAAUAACAAACUUCACUUUGAGUCCCUCAAAGACGGAGUAACAACAGCGAUAAAUCUUAAUAGAAGUCAGCUCCUGAAGUAGGUGAAAAUGCUCUAGGUGAAAAGUCUUUAAAUGUCAGUCUUGAAAAGGAGGAGUGUCCAUCAAGCAGAAUAAAGUCAGCUCAUAAAAUAAGCAGGAACUUACAAUGGUGGCACUAACCCUUUAUGAUCAGUGGGAUUUUUUCCCCCAAAAUAACAAAAUCAAUUAAACAUUUUUAAGCAAUAUAUUGCAAAAAGUAAAACCAGAGCAAAUUUGUAGCAGCUUUAGACCUGUGAGACACUGGCAACCUGUACAGGGUAUACCCCAGCUCGCCCUAUGGUAACUGCAUUUUCUGUCAAUUACUUCAUGGUUUAAGCUCUAAAGGGCUAAUAAUAAUAAUAAGAAGAAGACUGUGUAAGAAAGAAAGUGAAAUCACAAAAAAAACAAAAGGUUGCUAAGAAAAAAAAUCCACACUAAACAAAACUCCUAAACUAAUACGUAAUGACCAAUAUAAAGUAUUGGGCCAGAAAAAAGUAAAGAAAAGGUAAGUGCUAAAAAAGAGCAUGUAGCGUCAUGGAAGAAAUACGAAUCACUGAACUAAUGUAAAAAAAAACCCAGCUAUUGUCCUCAGAACAACCUGUACAUAUAUUUUUAGGUAAAGUAUAACAUUUAUAACUACAUAAACAAGUCUAUGACUCAAUACUGCUACAGUAGAAGCCUUGGUUCACAGAAAAAAACAAAUCAACUGUGUGUGAACUCUUAGAAAAGUGAACCU